AUGACCAGAGAAUAUGUUAUGCUUCCAGAUAUUAAGAGAAAUUGUGAUGAUUUCCAUCGUUCGAGCGGAUUUGGUUACCUUCCUUUAUCUAAUGAGUAUAAAGUUGUUGAACUGUAUAACUUAGAGGAAGAUAUUAAUUCUACAAAGGUUGUUGUAUACACUCUUGGAAGUGGCAGUGGGUGGAUAAAUGUUGGGAGGUUUGGUAUUAACUCUCUCCGAACUUCUCAAAAGUAUGGUGUCUUUUUGAAGGGAGCACUACAUUGGAUGCAUAUAAGUGAUCGUAAGGUUUUUGUUUUUGAUUUGGUUGAGGAAAAGUUCCAUGAACAUGGUUUGCCUUUGUCACAUCCUUUUCCAGUAUCCACCAUGUGCAAUAGUUCUAUAGGAGUUUUGGGUGGGCUUUUGUAUUAUUAUCUGGGAUAUUUAUGUCCAAUCAUCAGAUGCAUAUAUAGUGACAUAUGGAUACUGAAAGGGAAUGACGAUAUUUGUUACAUGGAAGAGCAGGUGGAGCAAGAGCCAUUGGGUUGGCUUAAAGAGUUUUGUAUUCCUGGAAAGAGACCAUUCGCCUUAACCAAGAGUGGCUGUGUUUUAUGCUUCACUUACAACUCUCUUAGCAUUUACGAUGCAAUAUCUUCAACCUCAAAAGAGCUUGUGGAUUCACUGAAUUUUUAUCGAAUAAUCCCUCACAACAACACGUUAGUUUCAUUAAAAUAA